UGUCACUGAAAGGGAUCACUCAUCCUCUCGAUGGUUGUCUUGAGGGUAAGAAAUUCGCACAAAAGGAAAUGUGCACUUGUCUGCCUGUGCAUUGUUGGCUUCAUCAUGUACAGAUAUCUCGGCAUGCCAGCAGGGGGACGGAGAAUGAGCAGGAAGGUGGGUCUUAGCACCAACUCAUCCCAGUUCACCCUGGGGGGAGAGCCCUUCCGCAUCCUCGGGGGAUCCAUCCACUAUUUCCGUGUGCCCAAGGCCUACUGGAGGGACCGCCUGAUGAAAAUGAAGGCCUGUGGAAUCAACACCCUCACUACGUAUGUGCCAUGGAGUCUGCACCAGCCAGAGAGAGGGGUUUUCAACUUCCACACACAGCUGGAUUUAGAAUCCUACGUCAAUCUUGCUGCUGAAUUGGGAUUGUGGGUGAUUUUACGUCCUGGGCCAUACAUUUCCUCUGAGCUGGACCUAGGAGGACUGCCAAGCUGGCUCCUCAGCGAUGGCAGCAUGAGACUGAGGACGACAUACCCAGGCUUUACUCAGGCUGUCAAUACUUAUUUUGACAAACUUAUACCAAAAGUGGUUCCACUGCAGUUCAAGAAAGGUGGUCCCAUUAUUGCAGUGCAAGUUGAAAACGAGUAUGGAUCCUUUGCAAAGGAUGAAAGUUACAUGCUUUUUAUUAAAGAGGCUUUACAGUCCAGAGGGAUCAGUGAGCUGUUACUCACAUCAGACAGCCACAACACGUUAAAGUCAGGGGGUGUGGAUGGAGUUAUCAGAUCAAUAAAGCUGCAGAAGCUAAAUCAGAGAGACAUCCAGGAUCUGAAUGCUAUCCAGCCCAACAGCCCUACCAUGGUGAUGGACUACUGGACCGGCUGGUAUGAUGUGUGGGGUGACCUCCAUCAUGUGCUUCCCCCAGAGGAUAUGGUGUCUGCUGUGAGGGAAAUUCUGAGGCGAGGCAUGUCUGUCAACCUCUACAUGUUCCACGGAGGCUCCAGUUUUGGCUUCAUGAGCGGAGCACUGGCUGAUCCUUCCUACAAAGCACUGGUCCCCAGCUAUGGAGGAGACAGUUUCCCUGACAUGCCGGCCCUGCAUUACAGGGAGGCUUAUGAACCAGCCGUCAUGUACCAGCACCUGUCCUUAUGGGAUGCGUUGAGCUUCACUGAGGGACCAUUUAAGUCUCUCAAGCCAGUAAACAUGGAGAAUCUACCUGUGAACAACAGGAAUGGCCAGUCCUAUGGAUACACGCUCUAUGAGACUACCAUCACCAGAGGAGGAUUAUUGAAGUCUGGAGACAAUGUCCGAGACCGUGCCCUAGUGUUUGUAGACAGAAGCUACAUUGGCCUUUUCAAGCGCCAAAGCCGGGAGCUGGCGGUUCCUGAUGGUAAGGGACAGCGUACCUUGAGUUUAUUGGUGGAAAACUGUGGACGAGUUCAUCAGGGAAAGGACCUUGACAAACAACACAAAGGCCUUGUGGGAGACGUUUUAUUAAACAAUAUCCCCUUGCGGGAUUUUACAAUAUACAGCCUUGAUAUGAAACCCAGCUUUAUUGAUAGUCUUUAUCAGGCACCCUGGAAAACUCUCCCUGAAACUCCCAGCUUCCCUGGAUUUUUCAUGGGGAGGCUGUUUGCAUUCGGGUAUCCAAGUGACACAUUUGUGAAGUUGCCAGGCUGGGAGAAAGGUGUUGUUUUUAUUAACGGGCUGAAUCUGGGCCGCUACUGGUCAAUUGGCCCCCAGCAGACUCUCUACCUCCCUGGUCCCUUCCUCAACAGCGGAGUCAACCAGGUAAUUGUGUUUGAGGAGCAGGAGGGUGACUACAAGGUCCUCUUUGAGGAGACGCCUGAUCUUGGCAUGGCAGCAGACAUCCAGUGACUGUCAUCACCGCCUGUAUGGGGAUUUUUUGUGUAUCUUGUGUCUUAAAUAUUUACAACAAUUAGGUUGAACCUUCAAAUUCAGGGAUAUUAAUGUUGUUAAUAUGGUCAUUCUCGAAUAUAAUAUCUUAAAAACAGAGAGAGGCUUGUUUGUAUGGCAGCAUUUUAUACCUAUGUACAUUCAGUACCUUUAGUUACAGUGACUCUUUACACAUAAAGCAGAAUUACCAGGUAUAUCCUCUUGUUCAUGGAUUUCCAGUUAAAGAGUAAUGAUUGCUGUUUGGGGAUGGCAGCUGUAUUUGAUAUUGUUGAUAGAUUUGUAUUGCUUGUGUGAAUGUUCCGCAGAACGUGUCGGGUAGCAGUUAUUGAAAUGGACACAUUUUUGCCUAUAAAACAAAAGGCCAUGGGACAAUCUGAACUGAAGCAGGAGUGAUGUGAAAAACCUUCACAUGAAACACAAGCAGCAUUGUGUGCAACAAUCCUUAAGUUAAGGGUUGUUUAUUGAUGUGUGUCACAUCAAUAAAUGACCAAAGUCUUCACAGGCACAGAGUCAGUGAACAUUAGCAGUGCCACUGCAAGUCAAUGGGGUAUGAAAUCAUCACUUGCAUGCCAGCCAUCCAUGGUGGGAAUAAUUAAGAUUGUGUAAUACAGCUAUUUGAAAGGAUGCGCAUCCGAUUUUUAGAGUAAUGGCUUCAUGUCCCAUUGACUCACAUGAGCAUAGCUCACAACUUACAAGUGAAUAGUACCAGUGACUCUGAAACAAUAAAUAAUUCUGCUGAGAAACCUUCAGUUCACUCAGUUGGAUCAUAAUUAGCUUAUGAAGAAGCCUGAGAAGUGGACAGGCCCUUAGGAAUACUUCUCUUAAAUAUGAGUAGACCUCAAUAGUGUUACAGCAGGAAUAAAUACAGUAAAUGACUGUAAGAGAGGACUUCACUGUUACACUGUAAUAAA